GUUCGAUGUUUGACCAAGUGUCCUCCAGCCACCCUUCAGUCAUUCGUAGUGCUACCCACGUACUUCAUGACAUGUUCAACUCGUCGUGCUUGGAUCAUGAGGAACCUGAGGGGGUCGAGCGACCACGGGGCCGACAACCACGGCGGGAAAGGAGUGCGUUUGAGUACAUUCGUGGUCGUGGUCGUGGUCGUGGCCGUGGUCGUACAUCGUCAUCAAGUGGUAGUCAAACAUCUUCGUCGGUGAAUAUGCCCGGCACCGGCAGAAUGGACAUUGAACAUUUUCCAUAUAAAGACAGGAUCCCUAACAUCAUGAUGCCGUUCCUGGACGGGUGGAAUGAUGUGGUUGCAGAUGGUAACUGUGGAUUUCGGGUUGUGGCUGAUGUGUUUCAGAUGGGUGAAGACAACUACGGUUUAGUGCGUCAGUUGAUGUACAGUGAAAUCGCCUCAAACCGAGCUGUUUAUCGCUACGUGUACGGACAGGACUUGGAUAGGUCUCUGCAGCGUAUCCGGUGGGGAGGAGGACGUUGCGGUCAAAAUCAUUGGUUCGACGCGCCCCUUGAUCUCUUCGCCGUUGCAAACAUCUACAAGUGUGCAGUGAUGCAUUUCGGCCUUGGUUUGCAUGGUCGAGCUUACUAUCCGUGUACCACGGUUCUGCCUUGGUGUUCGCGUGAGACCGUCACCAGACCGGUAAGAGAGGUUGCUAUUGGAUUUCUAGGGCCGUCAUACAGACAUUUCAUCCGACUGGACCUGUCACCCGAUUUUCCGGUCCCACCGAUUAUACCAACGUGGUACACCAUUCGUACAGCAAGCGUAGAGGGCUGGGAUGCGUUAUAUCAUGACCGGGUGCAGCAGUGGAACAAUCUAGUUGCCUUUUCUAUGUGACCUAAUAUUGCUAUUGCUAUGUUUUUCCCAUUUAUUUAAUUUUCGGAUUCUAAUUUUCGUA